GCUCGAGAUUGCAGGCAGCUACUGUCUUCGAAAGGCACAAUAUCAGGUUUAAGCAGAGCUUUUUAUUCUUCGCCGAAAGAAAUUGGGUCUUUGGGCUAUCUUACAGGUACCCCGGAAUCAGAUGACUACUCCCAUGGGCCAGCUCCCUUCACGUGAGAAUGUAGUUUCAAGUCCUUACAUUCAGCGAGAUCCCCUUGCUCUAGCUUUAUUUUCUUCCACAACUCGACAAGCGCUGAAAGACCUUGGACAUGAGAGGGUGUAUCAUACUUACCCAAUCAUCUUUGAUGAACCUGAGCAUGGAGAUAUCUGGAUCGAGGCAUUCAAAGCGAAGUUUGAAGGCGGCCGGCGCUUUCAAGACUGGGACGUCUGCUUGGAAAUUACACUAUAUAGAGCUCCCAUAUACUUUUUGGAUGAUAUACUAGCGUCCACUAGGCCGUGACGAACGUCCCUUGUGCGAUCUUCCGGAAAGAGCUCAUUGAAGCAUACCCCAAUGCCAAAGUCACUCUCACCACUCGAGACUCCACAGAAGCAUGGUACGAAUCCUACACCGACGCCAUCGACCACCUCACCCAAACCGCUUACC